AUGUCCUUCAAUGUGGCAAAGAUCACCUACGACAAGCUGCUGGAGCAGACUGGAAACAUUAUUCCACCGAUGAUCCUCGUCGGCAACAAGUCUGAUCUGCAGGAGGACCGAGUUGUCUCCGUGGAAGAGGGCAAAGAGCUGGCCAAGUACAUGAAGUGUCCCUAUGUGGAAAUGAGUGCCAAGCACAUCUCUGAAGUGGACAACCUGUUUGAAUAUCUGCUGGAGUUGAUUGCACUGGAUAACCCCCACUUGAAUCCUCAGCACCCAACUGAGGGUGCCGAUGGAGGAGACGACAAAAACAAAAAGUGCACCAUCUCUUAA